AAAAUAGUAAUAAAUGCCUGAUUUAUCACACCGGUUUUUUUGUCCACACGUAUCAAAUUAAUUACUCUUUUAAUUAAUGAAAGUUUUUGUUUUUUGUGGUGAUUUAGGUCUUAGGAGAUGUAGCAAAAGCUGUAGAUUGAGGUGGACUAAUUAUCUUAGACCUGGGAUUAAGCGUGGAAAUUUCACCCAACACGAGGAGAAGAUGAUUCUUCAUCUUCAAGCUCUUUUGGGCAACAGGUGGGCAGCGAUAGCAUCAUACCUUCCAGAAAGGACAGACAAUGAUAUAAAGAACUACUGGAACACACAUUUGAAGAAAAGGCUCAAGAAGAUGAAUGAUUCUUGUGAUAGUAUUAUCAACAGCGGAGUUGAUAAUAAAGACUUGUCUUCUUCAAGCAAAAGCAGUACUUCGCACCAAAGCAGGGACUCAAACAAAGGUCAAUGGGAGAGACGACUUCAGACAGAUAUCAACAUGGCUAAACAAGCUCUAUCUGAUGCCUUGUCACUUGACAAACCACAAAACACUAUUCAUGCCUCUAUUAACGACCUUGGCUAUGGUCCAUCAUCUUCCUCUUCGUCUACCACCACCACCACCACACCAAGCAGCAUUAAACCAUACCCAUGUGGUGUCUACGCUUCAAGCGCUGAGAACAUCGCUCGUUUGCUUCAGAACUUCAUGAAAGACACGCCAAAGACAUUGUUGCCCUCACCAGUUAGAGCCACCGAGAGGGCUAUCACCACAGCGGCUUCUAGCCCUAGCACGACUGAAGGAGGUGGAGAAGGUUUUGACCAGUCUUUAUUUAGCUUCAACUCCAUGGAUGAAGCUGAAGAUAAGCCCAAGCUAAUAGACCAUGACAUUAAUGGUCUAAUUACACAAGGAUCUCUUUCUUUGUUAGAGAAAUGGCUCUUUGAUGAGCAAACCCACGACAUGAUCACAAACAACGUGUCACUAGAGGGUCAAGAAGUGUUGUUCUAG